CCGAAAUCAACAACCAAUACCGCCCAUAUUAUCCAUCCCUAUCGCUAGGACGCAUUUGCAUACGAUCCAGCAUCAUGGAGUCCAUCCGCUCCGCCCUCCAACCCGUCACCCAAAACCUGCCCAAACCCAUCGUCGAAACCGGCCACAGCCUGCUCGGCCCAUUCUGCUACAAAACGCUCAUCCUAGACAUCGACCCCUUCGCGUCGCCCGACUGCGUCAAGCUCGCCGUAUCCAAGGGGCUCGGCAUCGGCAUCAUCGCCGCCUCUUCCAUCGUCAAGAUCCCGCAGCUGCUCAAGAUCCUGAACGCGCAGUCCGCCGAAGGCGUCUCCUUCCUGUCGUACCUGCUCGAGUCAGGGAGCUACCUCAUUAGCCUGGGGUACAAUACCCGGCAUGGAUUUCCGUUCAGCACGUAUGGCGAGCAGGCCUUGAUUAUGGUGCAGAAUGCGGUUAUUGCGAGCCUGGUGCUGAAGUAUAGUGGGAAGGGAGCCGCGGGGGUGGGUGCUUGGGUUGCGGGAUUGGUUGCGGUCGGGACGGCGCUGUUCAGGGAGGAUUUGGUGGAUAUUAAGAUGCUGUCUUGGUUGAUGUCUGGGGCGGGGGUUUUGUCGGUCGCGAGCAAAGUGCCCCAGAUCCUUACUAUUUGGAAGGAGGGCGGCACCGGGCAGUUGAGUGCUUUUGCGGUCAUCAACUACCUCAUCGGCUCCUUGUCCCGCAUCUUCACCACCCUCCAGGAAGUCCCCGACCCUCUCAUCCUCUACGGCUUUAUCGCCGCCUUCACGCUAAACGCCAUCCUAGCAUUUCAGAUGAUGUGGUACUGGAACAGCUCGACAUCGAAGAAGACCGAGUCGAAGAAGCUCAACAAGCCGAUCGCUGCGCAGAAGGGGAAGAAAGGUACACCGGCAAACCCGGCGACGACCGGGGAGUCGUAUGCACAGGUCGCUGCGAAGAGCCCCAGCACUAGGCGUAGGGGAUAGGCUUGCUUAGGACAAUCUAGCCUAGGUACGGCGGUGCGCUGCCGCUUAUUUUUUUCUUGGUAGAUCAGAUUAAUAGUAAUGCUUAUAGCCACUUAGCUCCCCAGAUUCUUAAUCCGCA